AUGUUCCAGGCGCUGGAGAAGCUGCCCUGGACACGGGGUCGGACUUUUAGCUUCAUCGUGUCCAGCAUCAUUUUCCUGAACACAGUCUGGCUGGGCCUUGAAACGGAUUAUUACAACGAAAAGAGCUAUGAAAAUCAAGUUGACCCAUGGCGGAUAGUGAACUACACCUUUGUGGGCUUCUUUGUUAUUGAACUAGUAAUCCGAAUCUAUUCUCGGUCAUGGUGGCCGUUCAUUGCGGACAAUUGGAACAAGUUUGAUUUUGUGCUGGUGCUGCUGUCGCUGGCGGACACAUUCCUUCUGGAACAAAUUUCUGACAGUGCAGGUUCUUUGAGCUCGCUGCGGGUUCUCCGAGUGCUGCGCGUGGCGCGUGUUCUGAGACUUCUGCGCUUCUUUAAACCUCUCUGGCUGCUGGUGAUAGGUGCCGUUGAUGCUAUGCGAGCUUUGUUGUGGGCGUGGGUCUUGAUCUCCAUCCUCAUCUACAUCUUUGCCAUCCUGCUUACACGAAUCGUAGGUUUUGCGCACCAGGGCGCGACAAACGACGUUGACACAUACUUUGGAAACCUGCUUUACAGCUGUUUCACGCUCUUCCAGGUUAUGACCCUGGAGGGCUGGCCGGAUGUUGCCCGUGCAGCUACGGACGUAGAGCCCUGGGUUUGGAUUGUCUUCGUGGUUUUCUUGCUUAUCACCACGUUCUCCAUCAUGAAUAUGAUCGUAUCUGUGAUAGUGGAAAGCACCCUUGAAGCUGCCUUGGACCAGAAGCUGCAAGCCAUGCGCGACCAGGAGUACCAGACGACGAUGGCUGCUGUGAAAGUGGACGAGGUUUUCCGCCGUGCUGACGGAAAUGGUGACGGUCACAUCACAAAGGACGAGCUUAUGCAAGCGUUGCUUAAGCCAGACGUGCGAUUGUAUCUGCGGGAAGUUGGAAUCGACAUAACGAAUGCGGAGUUCAUCUUUGACGUUAUUGACUACGACGGCUCUGGGGAGCUGGAGUACAAGGAGUUUGCCUUGGGCCUGGUCAAGGCUCGCGGCGAGGCGAAAGCACAGGAGAGGGAGCGGAAGAAUACAAUUUAG